AUGUCUGCCAGCCGCCGGGAUAAUCGUCGUGACAGCCACCGGGAGAGCAACCGCCAUCGCCUACGGAAGGCGCUAGAUGAAGCACAAAGUCCUAAGGAACCAGUUCCUAGGACCUCCUUCGAGCCCGUAGAGCGCUCUGCUACCUUGGACGCCGUGAGUCCUAGUAUCGGAAACUAUUCCAUGGCCACCGUGCCAGUGCAGAAUGACAGGCAUUCAAACCAAUUAGUUAACUCCUCCCAGGAUAUGGGCUACAUCGCGGAUCAUUCAGUUCUACUAUCUCAGGGCAUGUCCCCUCCCACAUCCAUCAGUGUACUGUUGCAGAAGACCUCUUCAGGAACACGAGAUGCGAUCCUGAGGGUCACCCAGGCAGAUAUUAUGCCAACAAUAGUUCUUCGAGAUGCCUUGAUAGACCUCUUUUUCGAGCAUGUCUACUAUCGAUAUCCUAUUCUUGAAAAAGAAGAGUUAAUAGGACCGGAUGCAUCUGUGCUUCUAGUGCAGGCUGUAUGUCUCGUAGGUAGUCUCGUCAGGCAAGACUCUAAUGCAUCAAACCUCGUGAGGACCUGUUCCCUCUACGAAAAGAUCAAGACUCUUAUUUAUCUCCGGUAUGAACCGGAUAGCCUUGUUGUCCUGAAAGCCAUGUGUCUAUUGUCAACGUGGAGUCCGUAUCCUUCAGAUUCACUCAGCUUAGAUAGUCCCUGGCAUUGGACUGGGGCGGCAAUCCGUCUUGCGGUGCAGAUGGGAUUGCACAGAUACUCGUUAUACUCGCACAAGCCCAAUGCCACCAAUCGGCAGCGGAUCUGGUGGCUUCUCUGGAUUGCGGACAAACUGCAGAGUUCUUGCUUUGGCCGACCUGCAACUAUUAAAUCGGCCGACUUCGACGUUCCCCCUCCCACUCUGUCGGAUUUCCUAGCCAGUAAUAUCGCCUCAAAAUACUUCAUUCAUAGCGUGAAGUUAUCCGUGAUUCUAGACCGGAUUGCAGAGCACAGUGUCCUCCGCACCGUUCUUGAGACAACAGAUAUGGAUGAUCUGGCAAAAUCUCUGUGUAGCUGGAUCGGCGAUCUGCCCGAGGAUAUCCGUCUCUUCGACUCCUCGAAUCAACGUAUGCCUUAUAGUCACGCUAUUUCCGAGCUUCACAUCAUGUACCUGUCAACAGUGAUCCUUUUACAAGACCUUCAAGUCCAGGGCGAGAGAAGGUCGCCCACGUCUGUACUAUCCAUCGUGGCGUCUUCCUGUAUUACCCGGCUAUACGAAGAAAUCUACUACAGGGAGGAUGUCAGGUUCAUGCUUCCAAUCCACAGUUUUUAUUGCAUGGUCGCUGCCGUGCCACAAAUAUAUUACACGCCACAAGACGCUGCAAAAGAUGCCACUCGCCAAGAAGAGCUGGACAUUAUCAACUCUGUAGUAGAACAAUUACAGACGCGCUUCGGCGGCGCGAGCACUGUAGCGCGAAACAUAAGCCGCCUCAAGGACGAAUCAGAACGGAUGAAGCAGCAAGGCAACCCGCAAAGCGAUAUCAGACACUCAAGCAACGCCAUAUGGUCGAACAGUGUGAUCGAGAAUCAUGCACUCGAGCUAUUUCCGUUCGCAUCGAGCUUGUCCUGCGAUAUACCAGACCUGCUGCUCUCUCGGGAGCACGAUAUGCAAAUGGCGAUUGAUAUGCCCUUGCCAGUCGAUGAUAACCUGCUUGCGUGGUCUUUUGACGAAUCGCUACCAUUUUUCAACAUAUUCGGACUCAACGAUUGUGCGAUUGACGUCCAGGAUAGAGAAAAUGGCGUUGAUGGAAACUUCAUGAUGGGAUAA